GAUUAACUGGUUUUCUUGUCUUCGGUCGUAACUAAUUUUGCUGAACUAUUACUACAUUAAAAAAAUAACUAGCAUCUAGUCUCAAGAGGGCACGUCAAAUUGAACUAUAAAUGCAAGAAUAUCACCAUCCUCUAUUCACUUGAUCAUAGUAAGAGUUUCACUAAGUUCCGGUUAUCAAGUAAUUAUAAGUGAAAAUGGGUAUGGUUUACAUGGAUAUGCCUGGAGGGAAGAAGAUGCCUGGAAUCGGACUGGGGACAUGGAAUGCUAUCGAUGAAACAGAGUUAGAGACAGCCCUUGACGCAGCUCUAGAAUGUGGUUACCGCCACAUUGACACCGCAUUCUUCUACGAAAACGAAAAGGGAUGACCUAUAUAUCGUUACUAAGCUAGCGGUGAGCGGGAUUCACCCAGACAGGGUUGAAAUGAUGUUGAAGAAAUCCUUGGAAGACUUGCGCUUGAAGUAUCUUGAUUUGUAUUUGGUUCACUUCCCAGUGGGCGUCAACUACGUGGAGGGGCAUGUGGUACCUCCAUCAUCUCAAAUGAGGCUGGAGCAUACUGAUCAUGUGGAGCUGUGGAAGAAAAUGGAAGAGCAGGUGGAUGCAGGAAGAACAAAAGCGAUUGGACUAUCAAACUUUAACAUAAGACAAAUAGAGAGAAUACUCAAAUGCUGCAGAAUAAAGCCAGCUUGCUUGCAGAUAGAAAUACAUGCUGCCAUGCAGCAGAAAGAAUUGGUGGACUUUUGCCACAAAAACGGGAUUGUUGUUGUCGCAUAUUGUCCAUUGGGCGCUCCUGGAUACAACGAUUUCCUGAAAUCUGUUGGACAGAAGCCAAAGGAACUCCCGAACAUGCUUCAGAACCCAGUCGUGAAACAAAUAGCACAAAAACACAGAAAAUCUCCUGGUCAAGUCAUGUUGAGGUUCCUGAUUCAACGAAACAUUGUCCCGAUACCCAAAAGUGUGAAUCCCUCGAGGAUCAAGGAAAACAUCGAGGUGUUUGACUUCAAUCUUGAUGCUGGAGACAUGAAGAAACUGUCAGAACUGGAUAUUGGUGAAUCGGCCAGAAUCUGUGACUGGAAGUUCUUCCCCGCGUAAGUGAAAAUGGUUUUUCUGCAUAUAUUGUUUUACUGUAACAAGUUGCAAGCACAUGCUGUGCAACAUGUUUCGUUGCAAACUUAUAAUGGGUACGUAGCUUUAUUAUAAUGUAAGGAAAAUAUAUAUAUAUUUCUUACUAUUUGCAGUCUAAUGUAUUACUCGCACGAAUUUAUUACAACACUUGCAACUAAUUUAUUACAAAUUUAUGACAGGACCAUUGUAUUCCGCGUUGUUGACUCAUCAUCUGCUGUCGGUCGCCUCUGCCCGUUUCAGCACUUUGUGUGUGUAUCUGUUUUUUGAUCGACAAUGAUCCCGCAUCUCCCAGAGACAACUCGAGUCUUCAUCGAUGCCUGGUAGAUGGCGAACGUUUGCGUUGUGCGUGAUUCUGGUGACCGAUAUACCAAGGUAGUCACUGUUCUAGUUACGAUUGCAUUACAAUAAGCUACCAUAAAAACUAAAAACAGCUGUCCAACAUGUCGUGCGUGUAUUGACCUCUAAGGUGCAGUUUUUCCAUCGAAUGCUAAUUUUCAAGUUAGGUAACUAUAACUAGGAAGUUAAAUUUGCUUGUAAUGGAAUGAAAAUUUACUUUUUAAGUCUUGAAACACAUUGUCCAUGUGGCAACGUUGCUUCAUGUCAAAACUAUCAAGUUGUGCAAGUUUUGUGAUUAAUGCUAUUUGUAUCUCGUAUAAUCUGUGAUGUCUGACUGACAAAAAAGAUUAGACAUUGCGUCAUAACUACAACUUUCUAGUUAGCCAGUGGAUAACCAUCUGGUUUAAAUUAACCACCAUUUUAGGACAAACCUCACAUUGCUUAACCCUUUUUGAGAGUUGCCGUUCGGUUCGCAGUGAAGUUACAGUUUAACUGCGAUUGA